AUGCCCAAAUGUCUACCCUUUGAUGAACAGAUAAUGAAAAGUUGUCUUGGUCCUUUAGAUCUGGGGCAGUUUAUGGACAUGUGCUUGCUCAACGCGCUACCGGACCACUCGCCGUUGCUGCAGCCGGGCCUGGCAGCGCUGCGGCGCCGGGCCCGGGAAGCUGGCGUCCCGCUCGCGCCGCUGCCGCUUACCGACUCCUUCCUGCUGCGGUUCCUGCGCGCCCGGGAUUUCGAUCUGGACCUGGCCUGGAGGUUACUACAAAACUAUUAUAAGUGGAGAGCAGAAUGUCCAGAAAUAAGUGCAGAUCUACACCCUAGAAGUAUUAUUGGCCUCCUAAAGGCUGGCUACCAUGGAGUCCUGAGAUCCAGGGAUCCCACCGGCAGCAAAGUUCUUAUUUACAGAAUCGCACACUGGGACCCCAAAGUUUUUACAGCUUAUGAUGUAUUUCGAGUAAGUCUAAUCACAUCCGAGCUUAUUGUACGGGAGGUAGAAACUCAGCGGAAUGGAAUCAAGGCUAUCUUUGAUCUGGAAGGCUGGCAGCUUUCUCAUGCUUUUCAAAUCACUCCAUCUGUAGCCAAGAAGAUUGCUGCUGUACUUACGGAUUCAUUUCCAUUGAAAGUUCGUGGCAUCCAUUUGAUAAAUGAACCAGUAAUUUUCCAUGCUGUCUUUUCCAUGAUCAAACCAUUCCUGACUGAAAAAAUUAAGGAACGGAUUCAUAUGCAUGGGAACAACUACAAACAAAGCUUGCUUCAGCAUUUCCCAGACAUUCUUCCUCUGGAAUAUGGUGGUAAAGAAUUCUCCAUGGAGGACAUUUGUCAGGAAUGGACAAAUUUUAUAAUGAAGUCUGAAGAUUAUCUCAGCAGCAUUUCUGAGAGCGUUCAAUGAGAAGUUAUUUCAUGUGAAUGGCUUCCUAAUUAAAAACAUGAGUGAUAUCCAACCUGGUUAAAUGAAUGAAAGAAAAGGAGCAAAUCUUUUAAACUAAUGCUUGCCUGAUCUUUAAAAAUGUAGAAAUCUUCUGACAUGAGCAACACAAGUGUUUGGAAAGAUUUUUUACUUUUUAAAUGCUUUUUUCUCUACUUUUGAAGUAAUUAAAUGGCAGUACAUUUUAAGGGCAUAAAAAUUGGUGAUUUUGUACUUGGAAGAGAACAUGAAAGUUAUUACUAAAGUAGCUGUUCAUGUGCAUCUUUGUAUGUUUCUAGAAAAUUAUAUUUUAAACAAGUUCUCUGAUUAUGUUAGUUUAGAAAUAAAUUUAGAAAUAUUCC